CCCAGAAGACGCAAGGAAGAUCCGAACAGCGCCGAGCCGCGGGACAUCUUCACCUACUAUCCGGGACGGCGGGACAUGCAAGUACUAUUUUCACAAUGGGGAGAAGUUAUUAUGUAGAUGAUAGAGUUGAGAAGUAUUUCUCUAAGCUUGUCCAACAACAGAAGGCCUGUAUAACAGGGUUAAUCAUUGGCCAGUAUUCAUCGCAAAGAGAUUAUGCAGUUCUGACAGCUCAGACACCACAAAAAGAGGACCAAAAUGAAGAAAAGAAACCUGGUUUGUCCAAGUUGGAGGAAAUUGAUGAUGAAUGGGUUUCGAUGCAUGCUAGCCAGGUGGGGCGCAUGCUUCCUGGUGGCUUAAUGGUACUGGGUGUUUUCCUUAUGACAACUCCAGACCUUUCAAAAGAUGCUCAAACUAUAUUGCGAAAGCUUGUUUUUGCAGUUGAAAAGUCAUCCAUGAAAAACAGAUUGUGGAAUUUUGAUGAAGAUGAUGUCUCUGAGAGAGUGACUCUUCACAUCUGUUCCUCAACAAAAAAAAUUACCUGCCGGACCUAUGAUAUUAACGAUCCAAAGAGCACCCCAAAACCAGCAGACUGGAAAUACCAAAACUCUGUUUUAUCUUGGUUGACUGUAGACUGUAAUGUUCGUGUAGAUGUAACCAUCCCGCUUACCUCACCCUCUUUAACCUAUCAGGAACGGCAAAAAUCUAUCCGACUUGGGCUUGUUAAAUGGACAAAAGAAAUAGAAGAUUCUGUGGUCCUUUUUAAUGGACAAUACAAAGAUAAAAAUGGUGAUCUAUUUGAAGAACAGAAAAAGUCUUCUAGAUCUUCGAGUCACUACAGUCCCCAGAUUAUCACAGCAAACUUCCUCAAUGCCUCACCACUUAUUGACAACACCAGGUCCACAGCGCUGGUUCAGCCCUGCAAGUCAUCUCUAACUAUUCAAGGAGUCAUGAAAUGCCGUGGGUUUAUCCACAGCAACAGGCCAAAAGUGAAGGAUGCCAUGCAGGCUAUUAAAAGAGAUCUUCUGAAUACAAUCCAGGACCGUUGUGAAUUGUUAUUUGAAGACAUGAUGCUUAAUGGACCGUCAAAUGAAAAUGACGCUUGCCCACUUCCUCAGCGUGUAUUUGUACCAAUUAAUGGAUCCAAUCUAAAGCUCUGUGAUUAUUUGUUUGGGGAUGAAACUACAUCUGAUUUACAGAGUCAUUUUCUUGAGAUAAUGGACCAAGAGGUGGAACAAAAUGAGCUCGAUUUUACAGAAAAGAAAUGCGAACUGGCUCAUCCUGAGAAAAGGGAAAGUGAACCCGCAUCACAGCACUUGGAAAGCAAACCAGAAAAUAAAGCAAGAUCUUCUUCUACAUCUCUUCUAAAUAAAGGGCUGGUCAUAUCAACAAUCGUAGCCUCCAUAGCAAUCAUAAUAUCAUUUUAUUACAUCAUGUAAAAUAUUCAGAAACAAACGUGUUGCGUGUCUCCAGCAUCUUCAGCAACCAGUUGAACCAAUACCAUGUGCAAGAAACCAGGACACUACUGGGGGCUUAUUUGGGAGAAACUAACUACAGUGCUCAGGACUUCUUAAGAUUUCAGUUUCAAUGUACCCUGUAUAUGUCUGUUGGAAUGGAAUGCAGUAUAUCAAAGUGAUAAGUCAAAAGCAAUUGAACUUGUUGAGUAAGGUUGGCAAUUUUGCAUCUUUCAUCCAAUCAACUUCUUCAGUCAACUGAGUGAUGGGGAAUUUCCUGGCAUUUUAAAUUAUGAAAUGUAAUCCAAUUACAUUUUCAGGUAGGUGUGAGCUGAAACUCCAUGAGGUGAUCAUAUUAAUUAGAUCACCAUGAUCCAAUCACAAUUGUACCGUGAAACUCAUUGAGGCAAAUGUUCCUUUUUUUUUUUUUGUUACAGUACUGACUAUGUUGUGAAACCACAGACUUCCCUUCUUCUGCCAGGAAAUUCCUUCCCAUCAAAUUGAACUGAAGAAUCUACACAAAUAAAUGGUGAUACAUUUUCAAGAUUACUCAGCAAGUCGAGCUGCUUUAGACUUACCACUAAAAGAUUGUUUGUACAUUGAAUUGUAUACAACCACGUGUGUCAUUGGUCUGAAUACAAUAAUUAUUAAGAUUAAAACAGCAAUGUACCAUUAA